UGGCGAAAUGUCACCCGUGAAAAUUUUUAAAUCGCCAAGUCUAGCUAAAUUUUCUGUGUUUACCCAAUUAGUUUUAAUUUAAAUUUAAAUAAAUACGAAUUAAGUAGGAAAAUAAUGAAUUUUGUUUAAUCAUACCCAACCUAAAUAUAUAAUCUCAUCAAACUUAAGCUUAUUUCACUUUGUUAUUUUCUCCUACUUUUCCUUUCGCUAAGAAAAUAAAAAAAAAGAAAAGAAAACUUUCUUCUAUUAAAAUACAAUUAUUUCAAUAAAAUUCCAAUAGCAACAUUUUGUAUCAUUUCACUUGUACUCAAAAGCCAUUUAAAUUACCUUGAAAAGCUUUCGAAUUAAAUGUGAUUUUGUAUUCAAUGAAAAUAUUAUUUCAUAUCUCUCGAUUCUGUCCCAUAUAAUUUUGCGUGUAAAUCGAUAAUUUGCCAUGUAAACCAGCAGUUAAUGGAGAAAAGCACGAAUGAGAUAAAUCACUGAUAAGUCUGUGUUCCACUUCAAUGCUGAGGGUUCCAAUUUGUAAAAGAGUUUUGUGUUGAAAUUGUAAACAAAUAACAACAAUUUUUAGUUUUUUUUUCGGUUUUGGUUUGUUUUAUUUUUAUUGAUUUGAAAAAGAUUCGAAACCGCCAAAAUGGAACAAGAAAUUGGUACUUGGGAUUCGGUGCUGUUAGAGAAUUUAUCUGAAGAUAGUUUUAUAAACAACAUUCAUCAACGUUAUAAAAGAGAUCAUGUUUACACCUACAUCGGGACAUCAGUUGUUGCUGUCAACCCCUACCGCCACAUAUCGGAGCACACUUCAGAAAUAAUUCGAGCUUAUGGAAGUAAAGGCAUUUUCCAACUGCCUCCGCAUAUUUACGGUCUCGCCAAUUUAGCCUACCAGUCUCUUAAGGAUCAAAGUGAAGAUCAAUGUAUUAUUUUACUAGGCGAAAGUGGUGCGGGGAAAACGGAAUCAUUUAAAAUGGUUGUAAAUUUUCUCACUCACAUACAGGAUGCCCAAAAAAACAGCAAACUAAAAUGUCCUUUGGCUGCGUCAAGGCGUCGAACUUCCAGCAGUUGCUCAGGAAGUUAUGUUGCAUGUCCUAGUUCACGAAUAUCAACUCCAAAGAAACAAUCUUCCCAACACACAACCGCAACAAAUGAGUCAUUGUUAAGAGCACGAGCAGAAAGUAGUGAUCGUUCAUCCAGAAGAAACAUACGCGAAAAAGUUGUUGACUUUGAUUUUUCCCAUCACAAGAGUACAGAAAAUUUUGACGAAAUCAUGCCCCAUCGUCAAGAAAGAACAUCCAUCAUUUCAACGACUGUACCAACAAAAUCCUGUUUCAAACACAACUACAAUGAAGUUUCUUUGAAUCGACAAAAAUCCGAUAAAAUCUUAUGUGAUGCGUCGACCAAUGUUUCGAUGGGAAUAUUAAGUUCUGGCUCCAAUUGCGAUUCAAGCUCAUAUAAUGUUGCACUAAAAGGAUCGCCGUACAACAACCCGAGUUCAACAUCGACUGGUUGCCGAUUGUGUGGUCACAAUAAAUGCACCCGACAACGUAGUUUUGAAGUUGAAGAGAAGGCAUGUAGCAGCAGUGGCAAUUCGAUAUCUUAUAAAAUGAAAGCCGAUGUUAAAAUGAGAGGCAGUUGUUCGAGUUUAAUUCGGCAACAUUCGAAUGAAAGUUCUACAAGUAAAGAUUUUAUUCCUAGCUCGACAAUAAGUUCGUCGAGAAUAUCUCUCUUUGAUGCUCACCGGCUGAGUCAAAUGUAUGGAGAGAAUUUAAAAGCAAACAAAAAUCUAUCGGCAACAAACAUUUUAACCCAGUGUAGAAAUCCAAGAAUGUGGGAAUGUGUAACGUGUGCAGAUGUGUUCUUAGAAGCUAUGGGCAAUGCAACAACUUUAAAAAAUAACAACUCAAGUAGAUAUGGUAAAUUUUUUGAUAUUGAAAUUGACUUCAAAGGAGAUCCUAUAGGAAUUCAUAUAACGCAUUACAUGUUGGAGAAGACCCGCGUUACCCACUUAAAUCCUGGAGAAAGGAAUUUCCAUAUUUUUUAUCAAUUGUUAUUGGGUGCUGAUGUGCAGUUUUUAAAAUCAUUGAAGCUCUAUAGAAAUGUUGAGAAAUAUGAGAUUCUAAAGAACACCUCAGCAAUUGAAGAGGACCGAAAUAAUUUUCACUACACAAAGAAAUCGCUCGAAGUUCUCGGCUUACACUCAGAUGAGAUCACGUCGAUGUUUCGCAUUAUAGCUGUCGUACUGAAGUUAGGAAAUUUUAUCUUUGUACCAAUAACUAAUAUAGACGGCACCGAAGGCUGUCAGGUUUCCAAUGAUUACGAAUUACAGGAAACCGCUCAGUUACUUAAUCUAGAUGCUCAAAUUUUAUUACAUUGCCUUACGCGAGCUAGUGCUGCUUGUAUGCAUGAAGAUUCUGGUUGCGAACUUGAUGCCAGACAAGCAACAGCGUACAGAAAUACAUUAUGUCGAACACUUUACAGUCGACUAUUUACUUGGCUCGUCAAUAGAAUUAAUGACUCAUUGAAAUCAAAUCAAAGAGAGAAGAAUUUAGCUUUACUAGACUUUUACGGUUUCGAAAUUUUUGAUAACAAUUCUUUUGAACAAUUCGCAAUUAAUUACUGUGCUGAGAAAAUACACCAGAAUUUUAUAUACAACGUUCUUAGGCUAGAACAAGAGAUUUAUGUCAGAGAAGGGCUUGAAUGGUCUCGUAUUGAUUUUUUUGAUAAUGAAUCAAUUUGCGAACUUAUCGAUAAGCCUUGCUAUGGCAUUUUAAGUCUCAUUAAUGAACCGCACAUAAACACUGACGAAGCACUUUUGAUUCGAAUACAACAAUGCUGUGCUGGCCAUCCAAACUUCCUAACAAGUGGUCCAACAAUGACUUCAAUGAGUUUUAAAAUAAGACACUUCGCAAAUGUAGUCAACUAUACGGUUCAUCGGUUUCUGGAAAAAAAUUCAGAUGUGCUUCCCAAAAAUAUUAGCGGAGGUCUAUACCAAAGCAAAAUGUCUUUAGUACAAAGCCUCUUCCCAGAAGGCAAUCCAAAGCGUUCAACCAAGAAACCCUCUACCCUUAGUGCCAAUUUACGCACCCAAUUACAAACUCUUAUAGCUAUAAUCAAAAAUCGCGGAACUCAUUAUGUCUUCUGCAUAAAGCCGAAUGAGGCAAAGCAGCCAAGAACAUUCGAACUAGCCUUAGUACAACAUCAAGUGCGUUACAUGAGCCUUAUGCCUUUAGUUAAUCUAUGUAGGACGGGUCACUGCUUUCAUCUAUCUCAUGGGAAAUUUUUCAACCGCUAUAAACUGCUGAAUAGUGUAACGUGGCCACAUUUACACAGUGGCAAUACCGUUGAAGGUAUUGCAUUGAUUAUUCGUAAUGUUCCACUGCCAUCAGCAGAAUUCACAAUCGGAACUAAGAAUGUCUUCAUUAGGAGUCCGCGUACUGUUUUUGAAUUGGAACAGUUUAGGAAAGCGCGCAUGGAUGAUCUAGCCAUCCUGAUACAGAAAACAUAUCGAAUGCACAUGCGAAGAAAAACAUUCCUGCGGAUGCGAGAAAGUCAAAUUGUUAUAUCGAGUGCCUGGAGAACAUGGAGGGAGUGUCGCUUUGGUAUUCCGUUCACAGGGCGAAGGCAUCUGUGGAGUUUAUAUAGAAUAGCCAAGGAAGAAUAUCGUGCUGUAAAAUACAGGAAACAAGUUGAAUGGGCGGUUGAGGUUAUUUUUCAAUUUUAUAGAAGAUGGAAAAUUCGAAAUUUUCUUCUUACACUUCCGCUACGUCUUCCGCCAAAUACACUAAGCCCGCUUUCUACGGAAUGGCCUAGUGCGCCAAAAUUUUUAAUUGAAACUUCGAGAAUUCUACGUGCAAUUUAUCAUCGCUGGAAAUGUUUGGUCUACCGGAAUUCGUUUGAUCAAACAUCACGUAAUCGUAUGAGAGAAAAAGUUACUGCGAGUAUUAUUUUUAAGGAUCGAAAAGCAUCGUAUCCAAGAAGUGUCGGACAUCCUUUUGUUGGUGACUACGUGAGACUGCGCCAUAAUUUACAAUGGAAAAAGAUCUGCGUGGAAACAAACGACCAAUAUGUGGUGUUUGCCGAUAUCAUAAACAAAAUAACUCGUUCAAGUGGAAAGUUUGUGCCAAUUUUAUUAGUUUUAUCAACGUCUUCAUUAUUACUUUUGGAUCAGCGAACAUUACAAAUAAAAUAUCGUGUUCCAGCUGCUGAGAUAUAUCGUAUGUCAUUAAGCCCCUACUUAGACGAUAUAGCAGUGUUUCAUGUUAAAGCUUCAGAAUUUGGUCGAAAAAAAGGAGAUUUUGUCUUCCAGACUGGUCAUGUCAUUGAAAUUGUAACAAAAUUAUUUCUAGUAAUUCAGAAUGCAACAAGUAAGCCGCCAGAGAUACACAUAAGUACCGAAUUUGAAGCUAACUUCGGUCAACAAACUGUUGUUUUUACAUUUAAGUAUGGUGGUAUGUCAGAGUUUUCACAAGGACCACCAAAAGUAAGCAGAAAAGGAAAUCGAAUGGAAAUUAUUGUAUGAUCUUCAUUAAGGUGUAAUCCAGGAACUUAUAGGUAUUAAAAAAAUGUCAUUUAGAAUUAAUAGUGUGCCAAAAUGUUAACUGCGCCAAUUAGUCAAAUGUCAAAAAAUAAUAUGGUGAAGCUUAUUUAUUCUUUUUUCGUAUUGUCUCCCAAAAUGCAUCAAAUUUUAAAGUUAAUAUUACAAUUAUUCGAGUUAAUGACACACUACAAAGGAAAUCAACAAAAAUGCAGCUUUAAAAAUAAAGCUUCUUUUGUAAUGUUUAAAUUAUAGGAUUUUCAAUAUGACUCUAUUUUCUUUAAACCUCAAGUUGACCUCUUACUUUUUGACUCAUUUUACUUGGUCAAUUUAUUUUAAACUUAUGAUUGAUUUAAAAAAGUUAUCAGUAAAGCACGAAAAUGCAUAAUAAAGUAUGUUUAAGAUUAGGUUCACGUUUUACAAUUAUGCUUUUCUUUUCCAAUGACCUCUAAGAGAAAGAAAAAAAGGCCUAACUUAGAUUUAAUCUAUAAAAAGCCCAAUUUUUGUUUUAAAAUACUAAGUAGCACAGCAAUUGUGCUAAAAUAAGAAAUUCAACACAAAAAAUUACAAUUUACUGUCUUCUUUUUCCAUUUCAAUAAUUUUUCGGUAAAAUUCCACGCGAACAGGCACAUCCUGGGGGUUUAACUUACUUGUACUCUAGACUUUGUACCUUUGUUUCACAAUGUAACCACCGGUCACCAAAGGAUUAAUUCAUCAUAAAGUAUCCGUUAUCGCUAGUCAAAAAGCUUGUAUUAUCGAUACUCUAGCGACUGUCCCAUGUAUCAUAUUUUUGUACACAAAUUUAAUUGACUGCCCAAACAAAUUGAUAUGAAGUCACUUUUUAUUCAUAGAAUUUCUUGUGCCGCCUACGUCCAUGUAUCAUUUUUGAUACAUAUUAUUAUCAUUAUUAUUAAUUUUAUUAAAUGGUUAAUAAAUUACAAAUUUAAUAAUUACUUAAACUAGAAAUUAGCUGCCAGAGCUAUCUACUAAAGAAGUUAAGUUUUUUAAUUGCAAAAAAUUUUUUAAAAACUUAAUUUUCAUAUAAACGUGUUUUAGUUGCGCCUUAUACUUUAUGAAGUAAAAUUAUUUGCAUUGUUGUUGAAACUUGCGUUGAGUUAAAGAUUGCGUGACCGUAUCACGAAAAACAACGUUUCCUUAUAAGUUUACCAUUUCAGCGUGGUAUUUUUGUAAAGAAUUGUGCGUAUAGGCGUAUUCGACCCCAGCAUCUCCCAGCGUUUGAUCUCCCAGCCAGUUGAUCUGCUAUAUCAUCAUUAUAGUCUAUAACUUUAUCUCCACUCCACAUCCUUGUUCCUGUCGAUUCAAUACCAUGACAAGUAGAUAACAUAAGCACAUCUUGAUUAUCACGCCAUUAUUGUAAGACAGUAAUGCAUUCAUGAUGGUGUAGAGCAAUUAAUUCAGAUUAUUUCAAUUAAGCUUGUUUCGAUUCUUCAGCGAUAAUCGUUUGCCUUUCACCUAAAAGUGGUUCACAUAUUAUAAAAAAGAAACAAAUUUCGUGGACAUUAACAUAGAAAUACAGAUUAAACAAAAUUAAAUGAAAUGCAAAACUGUUCUGCAUUUAAAAAUUAUUUUAAUAUCUGGUAGCCUGGGCCUUAACUUUAAUUACAGUGUGACAUCUGUUGGACAUUGAGUCAAAAAUUCGGUGGCAUCUGUUAAUUGAAAUAUUAUACCACUCCUGUUAAACCAUCCUCCACAGUGCGGUUUAAUUUUUUGUUAAAUGUUUCCCAAACGCACAUUUUAAUUCUCCCCCAAAAUGUUCUAUGGGAUGCAAGUCAGGUAAUUAGAAUGGCCACUCCAAUACGCUGAUUUUUUGGUCCUUAAAAUACUUUUCAACGAAUUUGGAUGUAUUCUGAGGGUCGUUGUCCUGUUGUAGAACAUAUUUGAGAGGCAGGUUCUCGUCCGCAUAAGGUAACAUCGUAUCCUUCAUGAUGUUAACCUUCAUAUUUUGAUCCAUUUUACUCUCAAUCAAAUGUAUUGGUCCAACGCCAUACCAAGAAAACUUUACCCCAAAGUAUGAUACUGCUACCGUUUUCUGGAUAUAUUUGGGAUUCAGUUCUUUCAAAUUAGGCAUUCUAAUGGUUUGUCUGCUAUCAAAUCCGAACAAAUUUAUCUUUGUUUCCCCCAUCCAAAAUACAUUACUCCACUCCAAUCAAAAUGAUCGAGGAUGAAUUUAAACCGCGUUGUUAUAUUUUGUUUUCCUUAGAAAGGGCACAAUUAUUGCGAUCCUUCUGAGCAAGAUACCUUCAACAAGUCUUCUACGAUCAGUUCUGGAAGUUAUUGGAAGCUGUACUUUGUUUUUUGUAAGGAUCUUUUUUUGAGGCGCAAUUAUAUUUGGCAAAAAUUACAGCUUUAUCUUCUAGGGAACAAUGUUUACCGCGACCCAUUUUUUCCUUAGAAUUAAUUGUAAUAUUAUUAAAAUAAUUUGAAUUUACUUCCUAAAGUGAACUUAUUGUUUUAUAAAAAUUAAAAACUAAUAUAUUUGAUACUAGUUAAAUAUUAAGGUCUGUGUUCCAAUGUGUUUCUUUUUUUAAGUCCACCAAAAACACAGUAUUCCCCAAGGAGCGGUUCAUCUCCAAACAAUCUACAAGCAAACAAAAAUAAAACCCAAGUUAUUUUGCAUAAGAAAGUCUAUCUUUUUUUUGAUAACGGUUAAAACUACUUCUAAUGCAUGUUGUUGCUUUAAUUUAGUUUUACUCUUAGCAACUUUCCAUGUGUCUAUUUUUAUGUCCAUGUCUGUAUGUACGUAACAGUAUGUUAAGUUUUGAAAAAAGUACCGGACGUAUUGAUUUCUGUUUUUGUGAAGUGUAAACUCAAAGUAAGUUUCUAACCUUUUUAAAUUUAACAUCGCUGAAUUAUGACUUAAACUAAGCGUUUCUAUUGUUCAGUUUUCCGAAUUAAAACUAAGAUGAUGCAUGAUGGAAAUUCAAAUAAAAAGUUCCAGAUGCAACUUUUAGAAAUAAGAAAAUUCCAUCUGAAGAAAUUAAUUUUAAAAAAUACUUGCUGUUCUCUAAUUCGUACUUUUUUAAGGGUUUCUUUAUAUAGAUGUUUAAAGAUACAAUAUGAAAAAUCGUGAACUUUCUAAACCUUUAAUGUUUUCUUUUAUUCUAAAGCUUCAUAAUAUUAUUAAGGGCAAUCUAUAUUUAUUUAAUUGCGUACACAAAAUAACAAAAGCAUAAUUUUAUUCUCAAUCUUGUGUUUCUUACACAAAUAUUAAUUUAAAAAUUUUAUAUUCAUGAAACGUGAUUACGAUCGCCUGUUUGAAAUAUAACAUGAGUGCAAAUGUAAUCAAUUAAGUAAUCACCGUCUGUUAAGACAAUCAUCAAACCAAACGAAAAUAAAAAUAUAUUUAAACAAAAUAAUAACUCCAUGCAUACCUACCAGUUAAAAUUGACAUAUCGUAAAAUUUCGAGAAACAAAAAAAUAAAAAAAAAUAUAAAUUAGUAUUUUUAACUGACCCAGAGCAAUGAUAUGUUAGCAAUAAAAAAGAUAAACAAAAUUAUUAUGGGAAGAAAAAUGUAAAUAAAGUUCAAGAACAUGAUAAUAAAACAAAAACAAACAAAAACAAAAAC